AUGUUAACGUUGCAGCCUGAUAUCGUAGCCCCUGGUGUGUUGCUUCUAUCAGCUGACAUUAAUGACAACCAGGAAUACCAAUCAGAUUUCGCUAUAACUCAAGGAACAUCCGUUGCCACACCUGUUGCCGCCGGAAUCGUCGUACUACUCAAAUCUUUACACCCUGACUGGUAUCCUGCUGCUUUAAAAUCAGCUAUCAUGACUACAGAGUGGAAGACCGAUCCAUUCUGGGAAUCGAUUUUUGCGGAAGGGUUACCAAGGAAACUGGCAGAUUAUCCAUUUGAUUAUGGUGCAGGACUCGUGAACGUGGAAAGAGCCAAAGAUCCAUGACUAGUUUACGACAUGAACUUCGAUGAUUACAUCUUCUACUUCUGCGCCUCUGGUUACAAUGAUGCUGCAAUCACUGUACUCACCGGAAAACCCAUAAAAUGCUCGUCUCCCUUACCGUCUGUUCUUGACGUUAACUAUCCAGCCAUCACGAUUCCAAACCUUAACGGAGAAGUGACUGUCACGAGAACGGUGACUAACGUUGGACCUGUGGACUCGGUUUAUAGAGCCGUGGUCGAGGCUCCGGAAGGUGUGAAGAUUGCUGUUGAACCGGAGACUCUAGUGUUUAACAACAGCACGAAGAAACUUGGGUUUAAAGUUAGGGUUGCGAGGAGUCAUAAGAGUGAACUGGUUACUUCUAUGGUAGCUUCACUUGGACUGAUGGUACUCGAAAUGUUGUCAUUCCUUUGUCUGGUAGGACUCGUUUUCGAUGCCUUGAUAAACAAGUUUCCUCAAGUGCGUCAUAAAAUGUUAUUUUGUUUUCUUUUAUCUUUUUUUUAUAAAAAAAAUAAACAAAUAAUAGGAAAUGUAAUCAUAUUCUCUUUCUUUGACUCUAACUGAAACCACAUCAAUAAUAACAAACUGAGACUAAGAUUCUCUCUCUCUCUCU